AUGCCAUUAAAUCAGCCAAACAUAACAAUAAACGCAGAAGCUAAAAAGCAAGCAAAUGAAGUAAAACAAACAAAUACAAAAGAAAAAGAAAAUAAAUUAAAUCAAUCAAUACAACAACAAAUUCUUAAGAACUCUGUAAAUGAAAGCAAUCAAUUACAAAAACAAUAUGAACUACCUAAUUCAAAUACAAAAAAUGAAAAGAAAAACAUCCAUCUAAAUUCAAAUAAAUCAUUGAAACCAGGACCAAAAAUUUCAUUUGGAUUUAGCAAAUCAUUGAGAAACCCAAAUAGUGAUGGAGAUAAAAUCAAAAUUUCUGAGUUUAGUACGCCAAAGAAAGAAAAUAAAUGGGAGAAGAAAGAGGAAAUAAAUGAAGUCAAAGUUGAAAUCGAGAGUGAGGAUUUGCAUCAAAAGAUCACAUUUAAAUUUGCAUCUUGUGUCUUUAAUACAAUGCAAGUAACAUAUGAAACGCCAAAAUUGUAUUCAAAGGUCCACAAAAUCUUGAUUUCAGAGGAAAACAGACUUUCCGAUUCAGACAAAUACAGUCUUAAUGGUGAAGAUAAUAUUAUUAAGUGCAUUGAAGAUGGAAACAAACCAACUAAGGAAGGUCUUGAAUAUUUGAACCAUGUUAAGAAACACUAUAAAGGAAUGAAAUUCCCAGAAAAGAUCGAUAGCCAAUAUACCAGAAUAAUCCUAAAACUUGAAAAUGGCAAUUGA